GAAGUCGCGCUGUGUUGAGUCAGGUAUCAGUCAAAACCACGUAUAAAAGGCCGAAUCCUUUGAAAGUCCAUCAACUCUUAGCUUCGCGUUUCCAGCUUCCCAAGUCUACUUUCCCAUUCUCCAAAAUCCCCGCAAUCCCAGUCAAAGCACCAAGUUCUAGCUCUCACAGAUCCUUCUUGAAGAUGUCCCAACUCGCAGAGACCUAUGCUUGCAUGCCUUCCACGGAGCGAGGCCGUGGGAUUUUGAUUUCCGGCGAUUCCAAAUCCAAUUCAAUUGUUUACACCAAUGGCAGAUCGGUCGUCCUCAUGAACCUCGACAAUCCCCUUCAGGUUUCGGUUUACGGCGAGCACGCCUACCCGGCUACAGUGGCUCGGUAUUCCCCCAAUGGUGAGUGGAUCGCGUCUGCUGAUGUAUCAGGCACCGUCAGGAUUUGGGGGACCCGCAAUAACUUCGUUCUGAAGAAGGAGUUCAAGGUGUUAUCGGGACGGAUCGACGAUCUACAGUGGUCGCCGGACGGUCUGAGAAUCGUGGCUUGUGGUGAAGGAAAAGGAAAGUCAUUAGUACGCGCUUUUAUGUGGGAUUCUGGCACCAAUGUUGGUGAAUUUGAUGGCCAUUCAAGGCGUGUUUUGAGUUGUUCUUAUAAGCCAACAAGGCCUUUUCGCAUUGUGACAUGUGGAGAGGAUUUUCUGGUAAACUUUUAUGAAGGACCACCAUUCAGAUUUAAGCAAUCUCACAGGCAUCAUUCAAAUUUUGUCAAUUGUGUAAGAUAUUCCCCUGAUGGAAGUAAAUUUUUAAGUGUAAGCUCCGACAAAAAGGGUAUUAUAUAUGAUGGGAAAAGUGGGGAGAAAGUUGGUGAGCUGUCUUCUGAAGGUGCCCAUACUGGCAGUAUCUAUGCUGUUAGCUGGAGUCCUGAUGGCAAACAGGUUCUUACUGUAUCUGCAGACAAGUCAGCAAAAAUAUGGGACAUAUCUGAUGACAACAUCGGAAAAGUGAAAAAAACAUUGACUUCUCCUGGUUCUGGUGGAAUUGAAGACAUGUUAGUUGGCUGUCUGUGGUUAAAUGAUCGUAUUGUCACUGUUUCUCUUGGUGGGGUAAUAUCUAUAUUUUUAGUAAGCGAUCUUGAUAAAGCCCCCACAACUUUAUCUGGACACAUGAAAAAUGUAUCCUCCUUAACUACUCUUCCAAACAACCCUAGAGUGCUUUUGUCUAGCAGUUAUGAUGGUAUAAUAUUUAAGUGGACUCAAGGGAUUGGAUAUGGUGGUAAAGUACAAAGAAAGGAGAAUUCUCAGAUCAAAGUCUUGGCAGCUGCAGAAGAAGAGAUUGUUACAGCUGGAUUUGAUAAUAAGAUAUGGCGAGCUACUUUACAAGGGGAUCAUUGCGGAGAUGCUGAAGCGAUUGAUGUAGGAAGUCAACCAAAGGACUUGAGUGUUGCACUUCUAUCUCCUGAACUUGCUCUGGUUUCAAUUGAUUCAGGAGUUGUCAUGCUUCGCGGUGCAAAAAUUGUGUCGACAAUUAAUCUGGGGUUUGUUGUAACGGCUUCUGCUGUAUCACCUGAUGGAAGUGAAGCUAUUAUUGGUGGACAGGAUGGUAAGCUGCGCAUAUAUUCUAUAUCUGGUGAUACUCUUACAGAAGAAGCAGUCCUUGAGAAGCAUCGAGGUGCAAUCAGUGUCAUUCGUUACUCUCCAGAUGUUUCCAUGUUUGCAUCAGGGGAUGUCAAUCGGGAAGCUAUAGUGUGGGACCGGGCCUCCAGAGAGGUCAAACUUAAGAAUAUGUUGUACCACACUGCACGAAUAAACUGUCUUGCUUGGUCCCCUGAUGGUAGUAGGAUUGCUACUGGAUCACUAGACACAUGUGUCAUUGUAUAUGAAAUUGACCAGCCAGUAUCUAAUAGAGUCACGAUAAAGGGUGCUCAUUUAGGUGGUGUUUAUGGGUUGGCUUUCACUGAUGAGUAUACUUUGGUGAGCUCAGGUGAGGAUGCUUUCAUCCGUGUCUGGAAAUUAACCCCGCCAUGAGUCUUGACAUCAAUGCUUAUUUUAAGAUGUAAAGGUGGGAAUUAUGUCUCGGACCUGAAUCUAUUCCUUCAACGGGCUUCAUACAAAUCAGAACUGAAAAGGAAGUGAUUAUCAGCAGAAGCUGGGGAUUAUCUUGAAGGAACUCAAGUUUUUUUCUAUUUUGUUUGGUUAAGUUACAUUGCUAAUACUGCUAGCGUCUGCCUGCUAUUUACUUUCAAGUAUACAAUUUGAGGCUGGAGCCAUUUUUCCUGGUGCCGCAUUCGGAAGUAGGAGUUUCUGAGAGUUCUUUGUCUAGACAAUGAUGGCAUUGGCACCAGUACAUCUCCGUAAUAUCUUGUUGACCUGAUGUUGAAAUCAAAUCCUGAUACGAAGAUUCUCAAUAGUUGCGCCAGAAUUUGAAGAAACCAAUGCUGUGUACAUUACCUGGAAACUCGUUGGAUGGUUUUUUGAGUGUUAAAUGUGCUGAUAAACACAGGGCAUAGUCCAGCUUUUAGGCAUUUGAUUAUAUUGGUUUGUUAGCUGAUAUGAAGAUUGUGUUGUGUUGUUUGUGUGCUGUUUUAAUGAAUAUGCUUUUGUUUCCCAAUCCCCCAAAAA